AUGGGAUCCUUUCAAAGUGAAGAAGGAAGCGAAUCUUGUGAUGUUUGCAAUGGGAUAAUUUACAAAAAUGGGCAGACAGACUGUGCAUGCGAGGCUGGGUUUUUUCAAGUCGUAAACAAUAAUGGAAAUUGCACAGCAUGUCCAGAAGGAACAUUUAGGAAUGCGUCUGGGAGAUUUGACUAUUGUGAACCGUGUCCAGUUGGGUCAUUCCAGAACAACAAUGGCAGUGAGACAUGUUUGCCAUGUGAACAAGGAACAUUUCAAAACGAGACUGGACAGACAUAUUGCGAAAGUUGUACUCCUGGAUUUUAUCAAGACAACUAUGGUAACCAUACAUGUAUCCCUUGUCCACCUGGUUUCUACAACAACGAUACAUUAAAUUCUACAUUAUGUGAUCCUUGUCCUUGGGGAUCUUUUCAAAGUGAAGAAGGAAGCGAAUCUUGUGAUGUUUGCAAUGGGAUGAUUUACAAAAAUGGACAGACAGACUGUGCAUGCGAGGCUGGCUUUUUUCAAGUCGUAAACAAUAAUGGAAAUUGCACAGCAUGUCCAGAAGGAACAUUUAGGAAUGCGUCUGGGAGAUUUGACCAUUGUGAACCGUGUCCAGUUGGGUCAUUCCAGAACAACAAUGGCAGUGAGACAUGUUUGCCUUGUGAACAAGGAACAUUUCAAAACGAGACUGGACAGACAUAUUGCGAAAGUUGUACUCCUGGAUUUUAUCAAGAUAACUAUGGAAACCAUACAUGUAUCCCUUGUCCACCUGGUUACUACAACAACGAUACAUUGAAUUCUACAUUAUGUGAUCCUUGUCCUAUGGGAUCUUUUCAAAGUGAGGAAGGAAGCGAAUCUUGUGAUGUUUGCAAUGGGAUAAUUUACAAAAAUGGGCAGACAGACUGUGUAUGCGAGGCUGGUUUUUUUCAAGUCGUAAACAAUAAUGGAAAUUGCACAGCAUGUCCAGAAGGAACAUUUAGGAAUGCGUCUGGGAGAUUUGACCAUUGUGAACCGUGUCCAGUUGGGUCAUUCCAGAACAACAAUGGCAGUGAGACAUGUUUGCCAUGUGAACAAGGAACAUUUCAAAACGAGACUGGACAAACAUAUUGCGAAAGUUGUACUCCUGGAUUUUAUCAAGACAACUAUGGUAACCAUACAUGUAUCCCUUGUCCACCUGGUUACUACAACAACGAUACAUUAAAUUCUACAUUAUGUGAUCCUUGUCCUUGGGGAUCUUUUCAAAGUGAAGAAGGAAGCGAAUCUUGUGAUGUUUGCAAUGGGAUGAUUUACAAAAAUGGGCAGACAGACUGUGCAUGCGAGGCUGGCUUUUUUCAAGUCGUAAACAAUAAUGGAAAUUGCACAGCAUGUCCAGAAGGAACAUUUAGGAAUGCGUCUGGGAGAUUUGACUAUUGUGAACCGUGUCCAGUUGGGUCAUUCCAGAACAACAAUGGCAGUGAGACAUGUUUGCCAUGUGAACAAGGAACAUUUCAAAACGAGACUGGACAGACAUAUUGCGAAAGUUGUACUCCUGGAUUUUAUCAAGACAACUAUGGUAACCAUACAUGUAUCCCCUGUCCACCUGGUUACUACAACAACGAUACAUUAAAUUCUACAUUAUGUGAUCCUUGUCCUUGGGGAUCUUUUCAAAGUGAAGAAGGAAGCGAAUCUUGUGAUGUUUGCAAUGGGAUAAUUUACAAAAAUGGACAGACAGACUGUGCAUGUGAGGCUGGCUUUUUUCAAGUCGUAAACAAUAAUGGAAAUUGCACAGCAUGUCCAGAAGGAACAUUUAGGAAUGCGUCUGGGAGAUUUGACCAUUGUGAACCGUGUCCAGUUGGGUCAUUCCAGAACAACAAUGGCAGUGAGACAUGUUUGCCAUGUGAACAAGGAACAUUUCAAAACGAGACUGGACAGACAUAUUGCGAAAGUUGUACUCCUGGAUUUUAUCAAGAUAACUAUGGAAACCAUACAUGUAUCCCUUGUCCACCUGGUUACUACAACAACGAUACAUUGAAUUCUACAUUAUGUGAUCCUUGUCCUAUGGGAUCUUUUCAAAGUGAGGAAGGAAGCGAAUCUUGUGAUGUUUGCAAUGGGAUAAUUUACAAAAAUGGACAGACAGACUGUGCAUGCGAGGCUGGCUUUUUUCAAGUCGUAAACAAUAAUGGAAAUUGCACAGCAUGUCCAGAAGGAACAUUUAGGAAUGCGUCUGGGAGAUUUGACCAUUGUGAACCGUGUCCAGUUGGGUCAUUCCAGAACAACAAUGGCAGUGAGACAUGUUUGCCUUGUGAACAAGGAACAUUUCAAAACGAGACUGGACAGACAUAUUGCGAAAGUUGUACUCCUGGAUUUUAUCAAGAUAACUAUGGAAACCAUACAUGUAUCCCUUGUCCACCUGGUUACUACAACAACGAUACAUUGAAUUCUACAUUAUGUGAUCCUUGUCCUAUGGGAUCUUUUCAAAGUGAGGAAGGAAGCGAAUCUUGUGAUGUUUGCAAUGGGAUAAUUUACAAAAAUGGGCAGACAGACUGUGUAUGCGAGGCUGGUUUUUUUCAAGUCGUAAACAAUAAUGGAAAUUGCACAGCAUGUCCAGAAGGAUCAUUUAGGAAUGCGUCUGGGAGAUUUGACCAUUGUGAACCGUGUCCAUUUGGGUCAUUCCAGAACAACAAUGGCAGUGAGACAUGUUUGCCAUGUGAACAAGGAACAUUUCAAAACGAGACUGGACAAACAUAUUGCGAACGUUGUACUCCUGGAUUUUAUCAAGACAACUAUGGUAACCAUACAUGUAUCCCUUGUCCACCUGGUUACUACAACAACGAUACAUUAAAUUCUACAUUAUGUGAUCCUUGUCCUUGGGGAUCUUUUCAAAGUGAAGAAGGAAGCGAAUCUUGUGAUGUUUGCAAUGGGAUAAUUUACAAAAAUGGGCAGACAGACUGUGCAUGCGAGGCUGGGUUUUUUCAAGUCGUAAACAAUAAUGGAAAUUGCACAGCAUGUCCAGAAGGAACAUUUAGGAAUGCGUCUGGGAGAUUUGACUAUUGUGAACCGUGUCCAGUUGGGUCAUUCCAGAACAGCAAUGGCAGUGAGAUCUGCUUGCCUUGUGAACCAGGAACAUUUCAAAACGAAACUGGACAGACAUAUUGUGAAAGUUGUACUCCUGGAUUUUAUCAAGAUAACUAUGGUAACCAUACAUGUAUCCCUUGUCCACCUGGUUACUACAACAAUGAUACACUGAAUUCUACAUUAUGUGAUCCUUGUCCUUUGGGAUCCUUUCAAAGUGAAGAAGGAAGCGAAUCUUGUGAUAUUUGCAAUGGGAUAAUUUACAAAAAUGGACAGACAGACUGUGCAUGCGAGGCUGGCUUUUUUCAAGUCGUAAACAAUAAUGGAAAUUGCACAGCAUGUCCAGAGGGAACAUUUAGGAAUGCGUCUGGGAGAUUUGACCAUUGUGAACUGUGUCCACUUGGGUCAUUCCAAAACAACAAUGGCAGUGAUACAUGUUUGCCUUGUGAACAAGGAACAUAUCAAAACGAGACUGGACAGACAUAUUGCGAAAGUUGUACUCCUGGAUUUUAUCAAGAUAACUAUGGUAACCAUACAUGUAUCCCUUGUCCACCUGGUUUCUACAACAACGAUACACUGAAUUCCACAUUUUGUGAUCCUUGUCCUUGGGGAUCUUUUCAAAGUGAAGAAGGAAGCGAAUCUUGUGAUAUUUGCAAUGGGAUAAUUUACAAAAAUGGACAGACAGACUGUGCAUGCGAGGCUGGGUUUUUUCAAGUCGUAAACAAUAAUGGAAAUUGCACAGCAUGUCCAGAGGGAACAUUUAGGAAUGCGUCUGGGAAAUUUGACCAUUGUGAACCGUGUCCACUUGGGUCAUUCCAGAACAACAAUGGCAGUGAGAUCUGUUUGCCUUGUGAACCAGGAUCAUUUCAAAACGAGACUGGACAGACAUAUUGCGAAAACUGUAGCAAUGGAACAUAUAGGUCCGAACAGGAUGAUGCAACAAUCUGUCGACCAUGUCAGGAAGGGAGCUAUCAACAACAUAGCGGAAGUACUUCAUGCGAUAACUGCAUUAAUGGGAACGCUAACACUAGUCUGCACUUCGAUAUAUGUAUGUGUAACCCUGGUUAUCGACAGUUUGCAUAUGGGGAACCAGUGUGUGAGCCUUGUCCUAUAGGUUCUUAUAGAAGAAGUGACGAUCCGUUUGACCAGUGUAAAUCGUGUGAUUAUGGGGAAUACCAGGCAGCCCCUGGACAAUCUCAAUGUUUACCAUGUGGGUUGGGAGAGUAUCAAGACCAGCAAGGACAGGAUCUAUGUCUUCCAUGCCCAAUCGGAACAUUUAGCUCAAAAGUUGGGUCAAAGCAAUGUUCUGUGUGUCCUGACGAGCUACCGAUUACCACAGAUAUUGGAUCCAAAGAUGUCGAUGCAUGUACAGAAUGUUCGCCCGAGAAUUGUGGCCUGCCAAUCUCUGUCCUCUCUAUACAGCCUCGUUUUGGUCCUCAAUCUGGAGGGACACUUUUGACUAUGAAGAUCGCAAAUGUUAAGUCACACCAACAUAUCCAAGUGGUUGAAGUAGUCGGUAUUUUUUGUAAUUUAACAAGGUAACAUGAAAUGAUUUUCAAAGUAAAGGUUUACCAAUGGUUAUAUAUGUCUUUGAUAGUUAUGUCAUCGCGGGUAUCCUGGCUUGAGAUUAACACAAUGGGGACUAGGGAAGAUCACAAAGUAAUA